AUGGGCGGCCCUGCAUCCGGAGGGAACACCAUGUCCGGAAGAAAGGCAUACGCUCGAGCCGCCUCUAUCGAAGCUCCCAGGCGCGGGCCCGAGCCUGAUGUCACAUUCCCGACCGAAGCCCCCGAGCAAUCCGAGCAAGUAAGAAGGAUCAUGAUCGACACUGGGAGCUCGGCCGACGUGCUCUACUUCGAUGCUUUCCAGAAGCUCGGUUUGUCUAGAGAGAACAUGGAGCCGAUGUGCUCAGCGCUCACCGGGUUCACCGGCAACUCAAUCUCACCACUAGGGGCAAUCACCUUGCCUUUAACUCUGGGAGUCCCGCCAAGAUCGAAGAUGGUGAUGUCCACCUUCUUAGUGGUCGACCUCCCCAUGGCGUACAAUGCCAUCUUUGGUCGCCCCACCCUCAACAAGAUCAGAGCCGUUGUCUCCACCUACCACCAAACCGUAAAGUUCCCGACCCAUGGGGGGGUCGGGGAAGUUUGGGGAAGUCCCCGAGAGUCCCGACGCUGCUACCUGACGGCAGUCUCGCUACACAAAAGGGCGAGGACCGAGCAACCCCUGGGGGACCCCAGGGAAAUGAAGAAGCCGACCCCACAUCCUGAGCCGACGGUGCCUACUUGCGAUAUACCGUUAAUGAAGGACCGGCCUGACCGGAUGGUCAAAAUCGGGUCAGAACUGCCCGAGCAGGAAUGGGAGCAACUCAUCGGCUUCCUGCAGGAGAAUGUCGACGUCUUCGCUUGGUCGCCCUCCGACAUGAUGGGCAUCGACCCAAAGAUCGCACAACACCACCUCAACAUCUCGCCCAAUGCUCGCCCGGUGAGGCAGAAGCCCCGAAGGCAAGCCCCUGAUCGACAACUAGCUGUCCGCGACGAGGUGCAGCGACUUUUGUCAACAGGCUUUAUAGAAGAAGUCAAAUACCCGCGGUGGCUAUCCAAUGUAGUCCUAGUAAAUAAAUCCAAUGGAAGUGGAAGGAUGUGUGUUGACUACACCAGUCUCAAUAAUGCAUACCCGAAGGACUGCUACCCCCUCCCAAAGAUCGACCAAUUGGUCGACGCGACGGCCGGGCAUGCUCGCCUCUCAUUCAUGGAUGCCUUUUCUGGCUACAACCAGAUAAGAAUGACACCCGAAGACCAGGAGCACACUGCCUUCCUCACCGACCAAGGGGUAUACUUUUACAAGGUCAUGUCGUUCGUGCUGAAGAACGCGGGGGCCACGUAUCAAAGAACUGUGAACAAGAUGUUCGCCCACCAGAUCGGGAGGAACAUGGAAGUUUAUGUCGACGACAUGAUCGUAAAAGAGCCGAGCGGCAACAGCCCACCUCGCCGACUUGGCCGAGACCUUCACCAUGUUGCGCAGGUACGACAUGCGGCUCAACCCCACAAAGUGUGCUUUUGGCGUCAGCUCGGGAAGGUUCCUUGGAAUCAUCAUACACGAAAGAGGAAUUGA